CAGAUUUCUGUUCAAAAUUCCCAGUUGCUUUUUAUAAAUAAUGUUUAAAAUUGUCUAAAGGCAAAAGGCUUCACCUAUCACUUAAAGUUUGCUUGUUUAGUUAUUUGGCUUCUAGGCUUAAUAUUAGUAACACAGUGGCUUUAGGGAACUUUUCUUUUUAAAAAGCUUCCCUCUUCUACCCACACAGUCUUAUUUGAGCCCCUUAGUCAGUCAGUAAGCAUGUUUGGAACAGCACCCAGUGCUUUGCGAGGGUUCAUAUUGCAGAACAGUCAUCUAUGGGUAUUUGUAGUUACAAAUACUUGACCAGCCUCCAGGGGUGGGGCUUCCAACCCUUUAAGCAACCCUGUUGCCCGUUAUCAAGCUAACUUUUUGCUCUCGGUGCCAGAAUUGAUUGUGGUAAGACAUCUUUCACUGAGAACUAAUUAAAAUGGAGCAUAAUGGGUCAGCUUCAAAUGCUGAUAAAAUCCACCAGAAUCGCCUGUCGACUGUGACAGAAGAUGAAGACCAAGAUGCCGCUCUCACCAUUGUGACUGUGCUGGACAAAGUCGCUGCCAUCGUGGACAGCGUGCAGGCCAGCCAGAAGAGGAUAGAGGAGAGACACAGGGUGAUGGAGAACGCCAUCAAGUCCGUCCAGAUCGACCUGCUCAAGUUUUCACAGUCACACAGCAACAUGGGCUAUGUCAUUAACAAGUUGUUUGAGAAAACCCGAAAGGUCAGUGCUCACAUUAAAGACGUGAAGGCCCGGGUGGAGAAGCAGCAAACUCACGUUAAAAAAGUUGAAGCUAAGCAAGAAGAAAUAAUGAAGAAAAACAAAUUCCGUGUGGUCAUAUUCCAGGAGGAGGUUCAGUGUCCGACGUCCCUGUCUGUCGUGAAAGACAGAAGCUUGAUUGAGAGUCCAGAGGAGGAGGACGAAGUCUUUGAUACCCCAGUUGAUCUGUCUUCAGAUGAAGAAUAUUUCGUUGAAGAGAGCAGGUCUGCCAGGCUUAGAAAGUCAGGCAAGGAGCGCAUUGAUAACAUCAAAAAGGCCUUUUCCAAAGAAAACAUGCAGAAGACGCGGCAGAAUUUUGACAAGAAAGUGAACAGAAUUAGGACUAGAAUAGUGACCCCAGAGAGGAGAGAGCGGCUGAGACAGUCGGGGGAGAGACUGAGACAGUCAGGGGAGAGGUUUAAGAAAUCCAUUUCCAAUGCAGCUCCCUCAAGGGAAGCUUUUAAGAUGCGUAGCCUUCGGAAAACCAAAGACCAAGCCGUGGCUGAGGGUCCAGAAGAGGUCCGGGAGGUGGGGGUGGACAUCAUUGCCAGGGGCGAGGCUCUAGGCCCCAUCAGUGAGCGCUACCCCGAGGUGCUCAGUGAAACAGACCCCGAGGAGGCCAGUGCCCCGCAUCCUCCCCAAGAAGGCGGGGAGAUCUCGACCCCCGAGCCUCUGAAAGUUACUUUUAAACCCCAGGUGAAAGUAGAGGAUGAUGAAUCCCUUUUGCUAGAUUUAAAGCAGUAAUUAUAAAGAGGAAUUAAAUAUAUUAUAAUUGUAAGUCUCCUUAAUCACACAAUCUUAGUUUAAUUAAUAUAGUCAUUUACAUGUAUAUGCCAUAUAGGAAAACAUAAAUGAUAUGCUUGUUUCAUUUCUUAGGUUUUAAAUCUUCAAGAUAAUAAGUUAUUAAUAUACAUUUCCUUGUAACCUCCUGGGGAAUUCUUUUUUUUUUUUUCUCCCUCCCCUGGAGAACUCUUUUUUUUUCCCCUCUCCUCCCCCAGGGCUUAUUUGAUUCUAUCAGCUUCCUCUCUUAGGUCACUCUCAUGGCAGCUGUGGAUUUUUAAGUUCAUUUCUCUUGCCCAUCAAAAAAAAAAGUUUCCUAGUGAGGGCUAGUUAGGUGUUUGCUGCUGCUGCUGCUGCUAAUUCGCUUCAG